AUGCUCCUCCCCCAGCCCUUCCCCGGCACGCGCCCCCCUCGCCGCGCCACCGCCCCCCCGCACACUCCCAUGGAGGCACACACAGCAGCGUGGUCAAUAGAAGGACUGGCGGACUUUCUGAGAUUCGUGCGUGUGUUUGUGGCGCAAGGGGUGCUGGGUGGCGGGGAGGAGACUCCUGCAGAGCGACUAAAGAACCCGGCGCACACGGCUGGAUGGUCGAUAGAAGGGCUGGGGCCCCUGCAGAACGACUCAAGAACCCGCCCUGGUGACAGGGGGACGCCACCAUGCUGGGAUGGUACACCCACCAUGCAUGCUGGCACGCCCUUGGGAUCAUUCUCACUCUUACUCAAGCUCACUUCCACCCACCGGCCUCCUCUCUCCCUUGUGCAGGACUACUCGGAUGCCACCAUGCUGGGGUGGUACGCCCACCAUGCCUGCUGGCACGCCCCUGAGAACGCUGAGGCCUCCCCUGCAUGCGCGGCUGAGCCGUGUUGUGGGAUCACUCCCGAGAGGGCUGCCAGGCUGGCUGGCCGCUUCACACCCCGGUGA